AUGCCCACUAUCACUAGUUAUUUCGGUUUUUUACUAUCGGUUUUAAUAAUAACCUCGUCUCUAUUUAUUGGUCUUAGUAAAAUACGACUUAUUUGA